AAAAAAAACCAACAACUGUCAAUAUUGUUUUCACGCUUGGUUAUUGACUGAUGAGUGACUAUCAUUGCACUUUAUUUUUCAAACUGUAAGUUUGCAAAUUUUCUUCAUUCACAUUUGAGGACCUAAGAAACGCAGGACGUUGUAAUUGUUCCUUCCAGUUAUUAUAAAGUACCUUCCAACGUCGUAUCAAAUUUUGGAUCUGUACGCGAAGCUGCUAAACGCAAUAGAAUCAAAAUGACUUUGGGAACAUACAACAGGCAUCAAUCAGCAAAGAAGAGGCAAGCGAAACUGGCAGCCGCAUUUCCCCAAGGGAUAAAGUGCCAAAAAUGCCUGGAGUAUGGGCACUGGAGCUAUGAAUGUACCGGAAAGCGCAAAGUUUUGGUUCGACCCUCGCGCACUCAAGUUUUGAAAAAAAAUUUGAAGGCCAAAAAGGACAAGUGCAGUGGUGGCAAAUGUGAUCUUCCUACUAAAAAGAAACGCAACAACUGUCAAAACUGUUCUGAUGAUGGCUCCACAUCAGAAUCGUCAUCUAACAGCUCAUCAUCAGACAGCGAGUCAGACAGUGGUAGCGAGGAUGAAAGUGGUAGCAGCAGUUACUCUGACAGCAGCAGCGGAUCAGAAUCUGACUCCGAUAGUGACUAAUUGUUUGUAAAGUUAUAACUAUAUGAGCAGUGUAAUAUGACAUCUUAAUUUUUUAUAAGUAUAUUUUUCCUUAUUAACAUGAAUAGACAUUCUCUUAUUAACAAAAAAAAUAUGAAUACUCAUUUCAGUGUUUUAUAAUUAAAUUCAUUUAGAACAAGAAUUGAGAAAAUAUUAGACUAAUCAGACAUAUCAGUAUUAUCAUUCAAAAAUGUUAAAGAUCAUUUUGAGUAUUUCUUUAAUAUUCUUUUUCUAACAACAUUUCAUUUCUUUCUUACUAUUUCUUCUUAUUUAGACAUUGCUCGUUAGUUAAAUAAUGCUGGUCAUUAAAAAAUAUGGAUAUUUUUUUAUUUGUAGACUUGAUUGAUUUAUUACAUUUAGAAUUUAGCAUGUUGAUGAAUGUUACCUGAUUUAGUGUUUAUUGUUUAAUGAAUGUAUUAUUAUGGCUCUGUUUUAUUGUAAAUUAUUGUGUCAAUAAUUAUUGUAGGCACAAUGUACAGUAAUAUUUAUAAUCUAUGAUGAGUCUCAAUUAAUUUAAAAGUAUAUAUUAAUGAUUUUAGAGUUUAACUCUGGUAGUGUAAGAGGCUUUGUAAUUAAUGCUAAUUUUAUUUUGUUAAGACUGUGUAAAUUUCUUAAGAUAAAUUUUAGAUUUAAAAGCCAUACAAUUU